AUGGUGUUCGAGUCGGCCAAGGUCAAACACUCCGUGGGAUCUUUAAUAGGGAUGCAGUUUCUUCAGAGAACCCCCAGCCCCCAGCAGUAUUCAUCUGGCUUUGUGAGCAGCAAGACAGAGAGAGUCACUCUCCCAGGAUCAUUUGUGUUGGGCUUUGCUCUCCAGGAUCUGGCAGCACUUCCCAGGAGAAUAGGAGCCUAUGGUUUGCCGUGUAUGGUUUGGCCUGGUGAUUGGCCUUGUGAUAGUGCUAUCUUCUUAUAUUCUUCCACAGGAACUAGAUUUCUCUUGUUGAGAGAAACGGCCCACCCAGCUCUCCAGAUCUCCUCAAAUGGGACGGUGAUCAGCUUCUCUGAGAGGAGACGGCUGACAGAGAUCCCCUCCGUGCUGGGGGAGGAGCUCCCUGCCUGUGGCCAGCAUUACUGGGAAACCACAGUCACAGACUGUCCGGCCUAUCGACUCGGCAUCUGCUCCAGCUCAGCUGUGAGGGCUGGAGCCCUGGGACAAGGGGAGACCUCGUGGUACAUGCAUUGCUCUGAGCCACAGAGGUACACGUUUUUCUAUAGUGGCAUUGUAAGCGAGGUACACGCGACUGAGCGUCCCGCCAGAGUGGGCAUUCUGCUGGACUACACCAACCAGAGACUUCUAUUUAUAAACGCUGAGAGUGGACAGCUGCUCUUCACCGUGAGGCAUCGAUUCAGCGAAGGCGUCCAUCCUGCCUUCGCCCUGGAGAAGCCUGGGAAAUGUACCCUGCAUCUGGGCGUAGAGCCCCCAGAUUCUGUCAGGCAUAAGUGAUCCGGGGCGUUCAGAGUUUAUGAGAGUGAGAAUUCAAGUUUGGGGUGGAGAGCUGUGGUUCUCUCUCUCUCUCAGAUAGUCUCCCACACACAUGCACUCUCAAUAGCUGAGGGUGGCUGGGUCAGCGUGUGAGGAAAGCCAGGGACACCAUCUGUGAGUGAGAGGCUGCAAACGCAGUCUCCGCCCUUCCGUUCAGAGCUGGAGUGGUUUCCUAAAUUCAAAGGAGUCAUACUCGACCCAGGAACCAAACCCAGAGAAAUGGAUUCCUGCCUGCUUUAUCGGGCAAACAAAUCCCCCUCAGCCAGAUCAGAGAGGAGGGAAGGUUUUGUUAGCGGCACGGCACGUCUCCUCUGACAAAGAGACGUAGAUUUCUUCCACAAGAAGAUGUCACCUCACUUCACUAAAGGAUAAUGAAUCCUAGUCAUUAGAGAAAAUGUUUUAGCUGAUCUAAAUUUACAAUUAAUUCUUUUAUGAUCAUGUAUGCUGUAGAAUAUAAGCCCAACUUCUCUGAAAAUUCAAAUGUAGAAAAAUACUAGAUAUCAGAGCUUUCCAUUUUGUUAAAUAAAUGUCUAGAAUCUUAUAAAAUAAAACCUAUUGCAUGAACUUAUUGCACGUAACUUAGCCCAGCCUCUCUGGACCAGGACGCAGUGGAGAGAAGAUGCCCGUCACAAGCGAGCGAGGGGGUAGU